AUGGCAACCGUCACCUUCAAAGACGACCUCCCCAACACCACCACCACCACCACAACUCCAAAGAACAAAACAACCACCCUCCGCCGCUGGCUCACCUUCUCGACCUCAACUUCAUCAUCCCAUCGCCGCUCCUCCUCCCCACGCCCAAAACCAACCCGCAGACCUACCCCAAAACCCACCAUUAACAUCAACACCAACACCAAUACCACAAGCAACAGCACAACAACCCGUCUCUACAGAAGAGUAACCCUCCCGCGCCGCUCCUCCAAAUCCAAAACCAAGACGAGAACAAUCCAUCCUGAUGACACACAUACACAUACACCUACAUCGCUACUUACAUCCAUAAACACCACUACCAACACAGGCACACCCACAGCCCCCACAACAACAAUAACAAGAGAUACUACGAAUCCAAUCACACCCCCACCCACCAGCCCUACCUCCCCCUCAAGCACCAACAACAAAAUCCGCUCCCGCUCUCCCCUCUCCCCCCUCUCACCCCUAAGUCUCAACUUCAGCACACUAUUCAACCUAUCCCCACGGUCGAAAACCAUCGAGGAAUCAUCGUCAUCGACAUAUUCAUCCUCGGUAUCGGAGAUACAUAUCCCCCCGCCGACUGUCUCGCAUGAGCAGCUGACGAGUUCGUAUGCGGAGUAUUGUGAGGCGUUUACGGAGGGAAGGACGGAGGAGAGUUUUCUGUAUCAGGAGGAAGAGAAGGAGGAAGAUGGAAAUAAGGGUGUUCGGCCGGUGAAGGAGAUUGUGAUUAAGGAGGAGAAGGGGUGUUUGGAGGAGAGGUGUUUGGGGAAAGAGGGAGGAGGAGGAGGUGGUGGUGGGGGACAAUGUGUGGAGGAUACAAGGGAGGAAGAAGGAAAGGGAAAGGGAAAUGGGGAUGGUGACAGGGCUAUUCCGAGCAGUGAUGAUCAGAGGGAGAUUCUACAUUGGAUGCGGGAGUCGGAUGAGGAGGAGCAGGAUAGUGGCAGCAAUGCUGAAGAUGUACCGCUGCGGGUGUCUCCCCCCGCGAGGAUCCUCACGCCUGCUCGAUAUGAACAAUCGCGUCGGGCAGCGAGACAACCUCAGCAUGGGAAGCAGCAGGAGCACCACGAGGAUCAGCGACAUGCGUGGUGGACUGCACUCCGGGUGGGGUGGACGCGCAUGCGCCGCCGAACCAGCAAGGCUGCCAACCCCGACUACAAUUAG